CAUUAUAAAGAAAAUAAUAAUAAAUUAAAUUUAAUAUUUCUAAAAUUUUUUUAAAGAAAAAUUAUUUAAAUAUAUUAGUUUUUGUAAUAUUAUGGAUAAUGAAUCUUCCUAUAAUUGUAGUUUUUUGUUCAGUAGUUUAGUAGACGAUCACGAUCCAGAUUCUCAGGAUAAUACAUAUAAUAAAUCAGAAGCUAACAGCAAUAGUAAUAGCAAUAGCUUAAAUAAUACAUCCAUUAACCCAGAGUCAAAAGCCCGUAAAAGACCACGAAAUAAUAAUGAUGGACAUUCCGAAGGAUUUAAUCCAAAAAAAUUUUUCCAUACAGAACCAAAAUAUAAUAAAGAUGAUGAUUUUUAUAUAUCACCGGCCGCCUUAAAUGCAAAUACUACACUUGAGGAUGUUUUAAUCACGAAAACAAAUAUAUUUAAUCAACCACCUGCAAUAACUGAAAUUAAUGAACAAUGUGAAAUUUUUACAAAUGAUAGGGGCACAGUUAAAUUAUGCAUCGACGGCUGUUUAUAUAUAAAAAACAUGAAGAGUGGUAGUACAUGCUAUUGGCAGUGUGUUCAAAAAAAUUUACGAAAUUGCCAUGGAUGUGCAGUUACUUAUGCUGUUGGUGAAAAACAUUAUUUGAAACGUAUUAGACGUGAACAUACUCAUGAUCCUGUAGCUCUAAAUACUAGAGGAUUUUCCCAAGUUUAUCAAAUGCAAAUGAAAAACUUAAAAGAAAAUUUAAGUGAUUGUAGAUUUACAAAAAAUCGUUGGGGUAAUCCAAAACUGGUUCUAGAUGGUUAUUUUUAUGUUCGUCAUAAUAAUGCUGGUGAAUCGUUUUAUUGGAAAUGCGAACAAAGAGGACAAUGCGAAGCCUGUGUUGUAACCCACAAAAAUUUAGAUGGAACGCAUAAACUGGGACGUAUCAUAAAAGAACAUACACAUCAACCAAAAAAUGAGAAUGAUAUAAAAGAGUUAAGACUGUCUUAUAUACCUAAAUUUUCUCAAAGUCAUUUAGAUCAAAUAAACAAAUCUGUCGACGGAGGAGAAAACAAAUCAGACAUUCCACAUAAAAAAAUUAAUAAAACAAAAAUUGGUCAAACAACAAUCAAGCCUGUAGGUGGAGCAAAAGGAGUUGAUGAGGGGGAUUCUUCUUCUUCCAUGUCAUUGUACUCUUCUAAUAUGCCCAAAUUAUUAACAUUAAAAUCGUCCUGUGAUCAAAAUGACGAACAAAUAGAUUCUGACAACAGUCAGACAACAUCACAAUUUACAAAAAAGACCGAAAAAACUUUCAGUCGACAGAGCUCUAUCACAUCGAUAUCACAAAGUUCUGCAAAAUCAUCAAUGACAGCUAACGACACGAAUAAUUUUACUGCAAUCAAAACUAAAAAGAAAAGAAGAGCAAAAUUGGAAUUCAAAAAAAUUGAAUUUGGAGAAAAAUGUGAAUUUGUUUUUUUAAUCGAUGGUAUAUAUAAAAUGCUUUUAAAUGGCUUCGCAUAUGAAUUGGCAAAAGGUAGUGAUGGAAAAAGUGCUGCCGUAUGGAGAUGUUCUGGACAUAGUCGAAUAUUUGUUGAAUGUAACGCUAUAGCUGAAACUAUUGUAUGUGAAGGGGAUCAUUAUUUAAAAGCAACAAAAGGACACCAUAGUCAUCCUCCCUGUGAUGAAGAUGUUGAUGAUAAUGAUGAUGAUGAAGAUCUUGAAGCUGACUACAACGAACAAGAAGACAAUUUCGACGAAGAAGAUUAUUCAAUUGACCACGACUCGCCAGACAAUUUUGAACAAGAAGAAAACUUUAACUCCAGCACACAAAUGUUUAGUGGUGCAGAUGAUGGAAAAUGCGAGUUUAUAAUAACAAAAAGAGGUCUUCCGAAACUUACGAGAGAGGGUUACUAUUAUGUUCGGAAUUCUGUAAAUAAAAAUCGCUCAGAAAUAACUUAUUGGAAAUGCGAAUUAAAAGGCAAAUGUACCGGAACAUUGGUCACUUGCACGCAAUCUGAUGGAUAUUACGUGAAAUCAUCAAAAGGGCACAAUCAUCUGCCAGAUCCACACAAAUACACUGAACCCAGAUUUGAUAAACCAGAUCAGGUUAUUCAAUAUUUUACUGAAGCGGAUUCUCAAAAUAAUGAAGAUAGUUCUGAUGAAAUGUUGAUCACUCCAGAAAAUGAAUCGAAAUUCAAAAUUUCUAAUAAUAAAAAUGCAAUUGCUCAAGAUCCAUUAGCAGAAGAUCCGGAACAAAAUGCUAUUGUUAGUGUUAAGACUACAGCCAGAUCCACAGAUAUUAAACUAGAUUUGAUAACCACAGCGCGCGGAAUGCCAAAAAUAGCUCGAAAUGGAUAUUACUACUGUAAAAGUUCUGUUAACAAAAAUCGUCAGGAAAUUACGUAUUGGAAAUGUGAACUUAAAGGCCAAUGUAAAGGUUUUCUUAUAUCUAUUACAAAAAGUGAUGGCUACUACUUUAAAUCGGAACGCACACAUUCUCAUCCACCAGACCCAGAUAAAUAUAGAUCAAUGCGCAAAAGUUCAUUUGAAGAAUUAAACAAUUCAUUCGGAACCUCUUUCGUCCCAAAAAUAAAUUCAGUUAAACGAGAGAAUUAUGGUGAAAAAUCCAAUGUAAUUUCUAAGCAAAUGUUUAAUCCCAGCAUGGCAAAAAGUGCAAGUAGUUCUGCAAAUUCUGGAAAUUCUCAUAACAGAAUGAAUCCAUAUCAGCAAAUACAUCGUUUUAAGGAGGAAAUGUAUCCAGAAGAAGUGAAUAGUCGAAGUUUUGAAAAUUUCUCUAACAAUGAUUUUGAUAACAGAAAAGUGAAUCGAAAUGGACAAGAAGAAUUGCCACUAAUUCCUGAAGAUGGAGAUCCAAAUAUGACAUAUGAAUGUGAAUUUAUAAUAUCGUGCCAAGGAAAUCCAAAACUUUGCUUAAACGGUUAUAUGUACACAAAAAAUCGUGACAAAAACACAAACUUUUAUUGGAAUUGCGAAAUUAAAAAAUCCCGUCAUUGUAUGGGAUAUUGUGUUACAGAAGUCAGAAACGGAAAACAUAUUGUUAAGAAAAUUCGUGCUCAUAAUCACGAAGCCGAUUUGCGACGUGAAAUGCUAUCUAAAAAGUUGAGUAAUAUCCUCCAAAAGGUCUACGCAAAGCCAUUAUGGAACCCACGUAAAAUAAUCGAUUAUGAAUUGUCAAAAUUACCAGAAGAUAUAAGACGUCAAUUACCUAAGGCAUAUUCGAUUCAACGUAUGGUUAAGCGCAAAGUACAAGAAAAAGUAUCAACUGUACGUCAAAGUUUAUUAAAUGGUGAAUAUGCACCAAUUCCAAAUAUGGAACCAUCAACGUCUAAACAACCACAAUCACAACAACAUAAUAGAAAUAUAAGAACUUCAGUUCAAACACAACAACGGCAUCCUCAAUAUAGAAAUCCAUACUCGGGCCGUUUCGAAUCUGCACCUCAAGUAUAUAAUGAUGAAUAUAAUUUUAAUAAUUUAUACAACUCGAAUAAUAGAUCAAAUUCAUCAAAUAAUUAUUAUCAACGUGAUAUGGAAAAAAAUGAUGUACAUGAAGAAUAUGAUCAACACGGUGGUUAUAAUGAUAAUCAAAUGGACAUGGGUUAUAAUGAUCCAAGUGGUUUUCGAUCAUCAAGUAAUUUCAAUGAAGAUCAUGAACAUUUUGGAAAUGAUGAUGUCUAUAAUUGUGAAAUUAAAAAUGAACCCAUUGAUGACUACGGAUAUCAGAAUUAUGAAGGGGAAUUUGAUGAACAAAUGGAUUUAUCUUAUGAUAAUAAUACUGGGUAUCACGAAAGUAUGGAUGCAGCUGAUUCAUGGAAUGAUGGUAGUGCCUUUGAUAAUUCGUAUAUAAACGAUGAGGCUUAUGAUGAUAAUUAUGAAAAUUAUGAUGACGGAAAUCGCCCAACAACUACAGCAACAGCAACAUCUUAUAAUUCAAAUGCCGAAAGUUCAAAUAGUUCAGAAAGUAGUACACAUUCUAAAAACUCGGAAGAAUAUCAUAGCAAACAAGAAAAUGAACAAGAAGAAGAGGAACAAAAGAAAGAAUCAUUGAAUUCACAAAGUGAGACACAAAAUUCAACCACAAACUCUACAAAUCCAGUUGUUUAUAAAAAAAAUCAAAUAGCUAAAAAGCGUAUUAGAGCACCAGAUAUAAUUAAUAAUUAAAUACUACUAAAAAUAAUAUAUAAAUGAAAAACAAAAUUAACAAUCACGCAUCUCUCUGACAUAAAAUAAUAAGAAAGUUAAUUAAGAUUAUUUAGUUUAGCAUAACAAUAAUAAUUAUAACACAAAAACAAAAAAAAAAACAGAACAAAAAAAGCAUAAUAUGUAUUUAAAGAUAACCACUUUAAAUACAUAAAUAAUAUUAAACAUAUAGAUUGACUCAAUCCAAUGUAGUUGUCGGGGGAGGGUAAUUUUCCUAAAAUAAAGGAAAAGUAGUAAAAAAACCUUAUUUAUAAUUUGUAUUUAUGUCAGGAAAUCAACAAUAAAUAUACUAAAUAAAUUUCAGAUAUUUGGAUUAAUAUGAACAUCAA